AUGCCGCCACUCUUUGCGCCCAUACUCCCCAGCUCACACCCACAUCCUCGUCCCAAUUCAACGAUGAAGCCCAAGAAGUUUCUCUUGGAUCGCUUACCUGGCAUACGCUGGGCGCCUCACGAUAUUCCAUCAACCGAGUCGUCAUCAUCCAAGCCCAAGUCGCGGAAUCCCUUUGCGCUGAAAUCUUCCGCACCGCAGCACGGCGCCGUGCGUCCGCGCAAAUCAACCCUUAGUUUGACAUCUGAACCUGAUGUCGAGGUUGAUGCGCGGACGCAUGCCCAAGGUCAGAGCAUCUUCUUCGCGCGUUUGCCGAUUGAGUUGAGGCGGAUGGUGUAUGAGUACGUCAUGGGCGCAGAGAUCGUGCAUCUGACGUUGAGUACAAAGAAAAAGAGGUUUGGGCAUUUUCUCUGCAAUAGCGAGGGAGACGGUAGGGAGUACAUGUGUCGCGUGCUUGUAUUUGGCAAGAAAGGCGCGAGGCUGUAUAGUGGUGGUGUGACUAUAGCGAGGGUUUGUAGACGUAUGUACUCCGAGGCUAUUCCAUAUCUUUAUAGUGCGCAUACCUUCUCUCUCCUUCACAUCACGCAUCUGCUCUACCUUCCCUCUUCCAUUCCGCAGCCACGUCUCGAUUCGAUUCGCACGCUACAUCUGCGCUGGGCCAUUCGCGCGCUCCCAUAUCUGCGUCGCGGCCCUUCCAAUCGCCUCGCAUACCGCGAAGACACGGCCAACUGGGAGAAGGGUUGGGGAAUAAUAGCGGGUAUGCAAGGGUUGAGGCAUCUUCAAGUCAUGUUGAUUGAUCCCAGCCCGCAGCAACUUUGGGAGGCUAAUUGGGUAGAAUUGGAAGACAUUUUGCUGGACAGUGUAAGGGCAGUCAAGAGGCCACGCGACGCUGUGGUCAUUCUGCCGUACCCGAGUUGCAGGACGGACUGGGAUAUGGGGGACAGCACAGUGAGACUGAGAGUACUAGACGAUGGCCUUGGUACUGGAGACCAGUGUGCUGCGCUUCUCGAAGUUCGCAGAACCUUGGUCCUCAUUCCGAUCUCUCCCAUCAUGUCGCACCUCCAGUACUUCGACUACCCUGGCUUCGGCGAGCGAUCCAAGCGAGAUCUCAAUUACAGCCAGGCAGUUCGCAUCGACAAUCGUAUCGAGGUGUCUGGCCAAGGUGGUUGGGACCGUACGACGGAGGAAUAUCCCGAUGAUCUUUCAAAAGAGGUUGACCAGGCGUUUGAUAACGUCGAACAUGCUAUUUGCCAGGCGGGUGGAACGGGUUGGGACCAGGUGUAUAGGACGCGAAUCUACAUUACUGUGCCCCUCGAUGACAUCGCGGAGCCGAUCAUCCGCAACAUGAAGGAACGAUGCAAGAAACACGGGCCUCUGAUGACAGUUGUGCAGGUUGUAGCUUUCUACUCCGAGGCCGUUGAAUAUCUUUACAGAGCCAACGAAUUUUUCAUCUCUACCGACUUGGAAGACUUCCCAACAGCUGGUUAUCUCUCCUACUUCUUCCAACCUCAACGCAUCGCGCAGAUCAGCAAUCUCAACAUUGAAUGGGAUCUUGACCGCCAUCAGUAUUUCAAUGUCAACCUAAUGCCUGACCAUCACCGACGCGAGUGGUACAGGUCUUGGGACGGCUUAAGCAACAUGACUGGCCUCCGCCGACUACACAUCAAGUUCUACUUUUGCCUGGACCUUUGGCAGGGAUGCUAUGGCGAGUUCUGGGAGCAAAAUAACAAGGAGCUUCUCCAGCCUAUCAAAAAUAUCACGGCUCCAAGAGACUUCCUCAUCACUCUUCCAAACUGGCAAUGUUCGACCAACAUUGACGAGAACCCCACAAGGGCAAAGACAUCAGACCAGCUCUACCGCUUCUUCGGAGUACACGACUCCAAGAAGCAAAACGCGGCCAAGACACAACACGACAAUGACGCAUAA